CUCUCUCUCUCUCUCUCCUCAAUCUUAGCUCCUUUGUCCUUUCUCUUUCAUUUUCUCCAUUGCUAAGAAUUCUUGACCCUUCUUUGAUUCAUCUGUCAAACAGAAACAAGGCAGAAAAAAAAAAGAGAACCCAAAUACACAUUUUUAGUUUGUACAUCUGGGUUUGCAGAAAGAUUUAAUUUUUCUUAAUCUAUGGGGUGAUUUUGCUCAUAAAGAUAGGAUUUUUAUUCCCUUUUGGAGUAUUUUUAGAUGAUGGGUAUUUUUAUUUAUCUAAGGAUGUAGCUGGAAAAUAAUUUUCUUGAAUCUUGAUCAAUAAUUUUUAGGCCUUUCUUUGUAAAGAUAGGAUUUUUAUUCCUUCUUUUCUUGUUUUUUAAUUCAAAGUUGUGAACUUUAACAGUGGAUUCUUGAUUUGAUGGGGUUAUUGAUUCUUGGAUUUUCUUGGUUUUUUGGGGGAUUAAUCUAAGUGGGGUGAAAAUCUGAGUUAAUUUUUUUAUUUUGGCUGUUGAAAAUUGUUGGUGGUGAAAAUUUUGAAGUAGGGUUGUUGAAUCUUGAAUCAACAUGGAUCAUGUUGUGGGUGGUAAAUUUAAGCUUGGGAGGAAGAUUGGUAGUGGCUCUUUUGGUGAGCUUUAUUUAGUUUGUUGUUGCUUUAUUGGUUCAGGUGUGAAUAUACAGAAUGGAGAAGAAGUUGCCAUUAAGCUGGAAUCUGUCAAGACGAAGCACCCUCAACUUCAUUACGAGUCAAAAAUAUAUAUGCUUCUCCAAGGAGGAACCGGGAUUCCCAACCUCAAAUGGUUUGGAGUUGAGGGCGAGUACAAUGUAAUGGUUAUCGACCUUCUUGGACCGAGUUUGGAAGACCUCUUCAACUAUUGCAAUAGGAA